ACAUCAUCUUUGUAGCAGCGAGCGGAAGACAUCAUUUAUCAGCAAACAGUGAAGUGAAAACGGUGCUCGGUCUCUCGGUGCUCUAUCUUCUUUGCCCAAAGUAAAAGAAAAAAUUUCCAAGAUGCCGUUCAAGAGUAUUAAGGCCCGUCAGAUCUUCGACUCCCGUGGCAACCCGACCGUCGAAGUUGACCUGGUCACCGACCUGGGACUGUUCCGUGCUGCCGUCCCGUCUGGCGCGUCCACCGGCGUCCACGAGGCGUUGGAGCUGCGCGACAACGAGAAGGCCAACUGGCACGGCAAGGGUGUCCUGAAGGCGGUUGAGAACAUCAACAAGAUCAUUGCCCCGGCUGUGCUGAGCUCCAACCUUUGCGUUACCCAGCAGAAGGAGCUCGACGAGCUGAUGCUGAAGCUUGACGGAACCGAGAACAAGUCGAAGCUCGGUGCCAACGCUAUUCUGGGCGUUUCGUUGGCCAUCUGCAAGGCCGGCGCUGCCAAGAAGGGAGUCCCGCUGUACAAACACAUCGCUGAUCUCGCUGGCAAUGGCAACAUCAUCCUGCCGGUGCCGGCCUUCAACGUCAUCAACGGUGGUAGCCACGCCGGCAACAAGCUGGCCAUGCAGGAGUUCAUGAUCCUGCCGACCGGUGCGUCGUCCUUUACCGAGGCGAUGAAGAUCGGCAGCGAGGUGUACCACCACCUGAAGAACGUCAUCAAGGCCAAGUUCGGUCUGGACGCGACGGCCGUCGGUGAUGAGGGCGGCUUCGCGCCCAACAUUCUGGAGAACAAGGAAGCGCUGAACCUGAUCCAGGACGCCAUCGCCAAGGCCGGCUACACCGGCAAGGUCGAGAUCGGCAUGGACGUGGCCGCGUCCGAGUUCCACAAGGAGGGCAAGUACGAUCUGGACUUCAAGAACCCGAAGUCGGACCCGAGCGCCUGGUUGACGCCCGACGCGCUGGAGCAGAUGUACCAGGGCUUCAUCAAGGACUUCCCGAUCGUGAGCAUUGAGGAUCCCUUCGACCAGGACCACUGGGACGCGUGGAGCAAGAUCACUGCCAACACCACGAUCCAGAUCGUCGGCGAUGAUCUGACUGUCACCAACCCGAAGCGCAUUGCCACGGCCGUCGAGAAGAAGGCCUGCAACUGUCUGCUGCUGAAGGUGAACCAGAUCGGCUCGGUCACGGAGUCGAUCAAUGCCCAUCUGCUGGCGAAGAAGAACGGCUGGGGCACCAUGGUGUCGCAUCGCUCCGGCGAGACCGAGGACACGUUCAUUGCCGAUCUGGUCGUCGGUCUGAGCACGGGCCAGAUCAAGACCGGCGCACCGUGCCGAUCGGAGCGUUUGGCCAAGUACAACCAAAUUCUGCGCAUCGAGGAGGAGCUCGGCGCUGGCGCGAAGUUCGCCGGCAAGAGCUUCCGCCAUCCGCAGUAAGAAGGAUGUUAUUCUCUCCGCGAGUCGGUGGUUCCACGCGUUGCUGGCGGCCGUGCAGAGCGGGUUAGUUUGGUCAGUGGUGUCGUACGUUGAAGAAGGGCCAGGGAGCGACGACCUAGUCUCAGAUGUGCAGAUGUGCACUCAACAUUAGUCGUCCUGUGAGCGAAACCUCACCCCGACCACCAUCAUCAUCCUCUUCGCUGUUGACGCAAGCCAACUUACAGUAAGACCCACUAGCCCCGCUAGCGCCCACAACAACUCACCCCACCAACUUGAACCUCGGUAUUUAUCGUCAUGAAGCUCUAAUACGCAAGAAGCAUAAAUUGUAAGGCUUAAAGUUAUUGAAUGUUAUAAUUGUUAAAUGAAAGUGUGACAAGUACGUUUGUCAAUGCAUUACUGAAAGUACAUGAUCAUUCGAUAAUAAACGGAAACCAUGGUAGGAAUA